UGAUGAAAAAUGUGAUAUGUUUUUAGUUUUCUGAACCUAACCAAACAUUGGUCUUGAUAAAAUUUUGAUUUUCGUGGAAAUUUAUUAAAAAAAAAAAAACCGACGAAUAAAUAAAAUUGAAAAUGUUGGGAUUGAGAUCGAUGUUUUCUCGUUUAAUGAUUCGGCCUCAAUCAUUCUAUCAACCGGCUCAAUGUAUUCAUACAAGUGAAGUGGAUUUGAGAGCCCGAAAAGGAACCAGAGAAAGACGCGAGAAAAUAGCGAAGAAAAAUAGAGCAGCAAAACUCGCUAAAAUCACCAAAGUUGGUUAUAUUCCGCAGAGAAAAUGGUCUAAAAGUAAAGUCGAUAAACAUUUGGUGAAUUUGAAUAUGCAUAAGUUGGCACCCAUAGACGAUGCAUUUCCCGGUCGUUAUUAUCGCUGGCCAGAAUUUAAAAUGGAAGAUGCAAUUAAUUUCCACAAAGAGACUCUCGAUCCAACGAUGUAUGAUGCAAUGGACUCACCGCUAAAUAUUACCAUUGAAAUGAAUAUGAUCGGAGAAAAAGCAACCAGACUCGUGUCCAAUUUUAACAAACUUGUUUUGUUGAAACAUCCAUUUGAACAUGGGCAAGAGCGUAAAAUUUUGGCUUUCGCAAAAGAAGAAGUGAAUCGAAGUAAAGCAAUUGAAGCCGGUGCCACUACUGUUGGUGGAUCUGAUAUGGUAAAAUUGGCACUGAAAGGAAAUGUUCGCUUCGCUGAUUACCACUUCAUAUUGGCCCACCCGGAUAUAAUGCCCGAAAUGUUGGCGUUACGUGGUUUGAUGAAAAAGAGAUUCCCAUCGGCCAAAAAUGAAACACUCGGAUUGGAUAUGUAUGAAAUGGUGACCAGAUUUAUGAGUGGAAUUUUCAUAAAUGGAUUACGAGAUGAACACCAACAAGAUUACGGUGUAGUCAACACUAAAGCUGGGAUUCUUACCAUGCCAACGGAACAGAUAGUUCAAAAUGUACGAGACAUAAUGAGUUCGGUGAACGCACAACGACCAAAACGAGCUGGAAAAUUUAUUACGCGUCUAUAUUUCACCACACCAGAAUCGAAAGAAAUAUUCAAAAUAAGUCCCGCCGAUUUCCCGUUCGAGGACUAUGAACGACCUGGUGCACUCAUAAAAUUAGAUCAGGCCAAGCCCAAGAAGAAACAGGCUAAACCAUGCCAUGAGGCAGGACGAACCUAUGAAUUAUUCCGAACAUCUGUUUAAAAUCAUUCAAUGCUAAUUGUAAAAAAAAUCAAUAAAAUAGAAUAAUGAUCGUUUUAGAGUUUUAUUCAAAA